UGCACUUUGUGCACCCACUUAAAAAAGAAAACACUUUCUCUCGAGAGUCAGGAUGCCACGGUCUUGAGCGUCACAGGAAGCUGCAGCAGGGUGACAUACAUUAUGUCCAUGGGGGGGGGGCUUGUCUCUUCAGUCUGCCCCCACAACCAAACAGCUAAGGAAACGCAUUGUGGGAGCAGCUCAGAGGAGGGAACGCAGUCACCGAUCGAUUAGCAGAGAGAACCUGAGCUCAGACAUAUAACGGUGUGUGCUGAAGGCAGAAGAGCAUCGACAGAACUUAUUAGUUGAUCGUUCACUACUCGUAUGGAAUAGAGUUCCUGGGUGAAGAAAUCCAAGGAGUGCACGAGUGCCUUUUCAAGACAGCAAGAAGCCACAGAUUAUGGGGACUUGCCCCAUCAGAUGCCGAUCCAGGAUGACUAUCCUAGAAAAUCCCUCUGAAACAGAAUCAUCACCCUCUCAAGAAAGUGUGCUCGUGUCGCUGUGUAACUACUCGUCCUUUGAGCAUACAGAGUUGACCAUCUGCAUUGGAGAACAACUCGACAUCAUAUCAGACGACGGGGAUUUUAUGAUGGUGAGAUCCACAACCACAGGCCUUGAGACCUACAUCCCCACCAACUACACGGCCAGGCUGACACACAGGUGGCUGUUCACAGGCCUCAGCAGGAUCAAAGCAGUGGCGCUGCUCAUGCAACCCAACAACCAAAGUGGCGCCUUCUUGAUCCGGGAGUCGGAGACAAACAAAGAUGGUUACUCGCUAUCCGUCCUAAAGAGGAGCAACUCUUCAUACCUGGACUGUGUCAAGCACUACCGCAUCUUUCACCUCCACAACGGCUGGGUCUACAUAUCUCCGGGGGUCACCUUCCCCACGGUGCAUCACCUGGUGGAACACUAUUCAGAGUCUGCAGGUGGAUUGUGCUGCCGACUGACAGGGCCUUGCUUCAUCCACGGCUUAUAUGCUGCCAGAGAGCCCAGGCCCAUACCUUCAGCUAUCAGGAGGCCUACUAUCAACUGGAAGGACAUAAGCAGGUCAGUGAUCUUCAGGAAGGAAAGAACAGAGUCAGACCACUCUCUGGUGAGCGAGGGACUGAGGGAAGCCAUCUCCUCCUACCUCCAAAUGACAGACGGCAACGAUAACAGCUGGGACACUUGAGGAGAGACACAGCAUCCGUCUGAGUGAAAAGAAGUCUGAUGGAAAUAGUGAAGUCAGAUACCGUCCUUUUCUCAUCUGCAGUUUGCGAGCCCUUGGAAGAUGUCGUCUGUAAGACCAAAUGUAGACUUUGGAGACCCUGGAUUAGCAGGAGGGCUGAGACACUACGCUGUUUGAAGUUGUGACAUGUACAUCUGCAAGAAGAUUGUUUUUUUUUUUUUUUAUGGCGACGAGGAUGUUGAGAGAUAAAAAUGUCAAGUCAAAGAGAUAUUUUUUACCUGGUUUCAAAAGUGUGAAAGUUUAAGUUAUAUAGUAAUAUAUGUACACGGUGUUUGAAUGAAAUAUAGCAUGUGUUUAUUGUUUUGUAAUAUGAUUGUUGUCAUGGUUAUUGGAUUACAAUAAAAUAUUACGUGAUAAAUGAGCAGCGCUUACAUAUAUAUAAUAACAU